UGUGCCCUCGAAAAUUUUGAAAGCUACAGCCACAGCAACAGAAGAAAUCAACGUGGUUGUCGCUGACGACGUAACCACCAAACAGUAACAUCAUCAUCAUUGUGUUUAUUUGUGGAUUGAGCUGCUGCAGCAGCAGCAUCGAAUAUCUCACCACUUCGCACCAGCCAAGCGUGGAUUUCACAUAAGUGCAAACAUACAAAAACAAAUAUACAAAGCAAACUAAAUACGUACGUAGUCGUAAAGCAGCAACAGUGGACGGUGUCAAAUUUUGUGUUUUUAUUUCAAUUUACUUUUUGUGGACAUAGAGUUGCCGUUGCAAUAACUCCGUAAGGCUGCCUUUUUUAAUAUUUGUAUGGUUUCGCAACUGUCGUCGUCGUCGUUGUUGUUGAGACCGUCGCCAUCACUCUGACUUUUUCGAAGCCUAUCAAGUCGUCUACGUCUAUCUAUCUCAUAUACUACAUACGUGUACGUAGGCCGCGCGCAACCAUAGCCAUUCAUUCCACUAUACCACAAGGUGUGGGGAAAUCGAUCGAUUACGUAGCUUUGCAUAUGUAUAACGUGAGUGUGUGUGUUUAUAAAGUGAUUGGAAACAAAGUAGAAACAAAAAAUAAAUAAAAAAAAUUAAGUGAAAUAAUUGCCUUUUUAUUUUGUGUGUUUCAAUGUGCUGCUAAGCACUGAAAACUAAUUGUGAAAACGGCAAAACAAAGAAACUACAAAGAAUUAUUGAAAAGGCGAAAAUACACUAUUAUACACCAUUAAAAAAAAACAAGCAAAAACUUAAAAUAGCUAGAAACAUUUUUUUACGGCAUGGAAAAAUCAACAGAUUCUGCUACAACGCCACCGUCGCCGUCGCCAUCAAGUGCUGUUGUCGGCGGAGCAUCCUCCGCAACGAGGACGACAGCGUCACCAUCUCCACAUGAUGGGGUUGCAAAUCAUUGUGAUGGCAGCAAUACCACCUUGUCCAGCUAUAUGAUGCCACCACCCACAGCGCGGCCAACAAAUAACAUCAGUAAUAAAAAUGCAAGUAUAGGGUGUGGUUCAACAUCAACAUUAUCAAUGUCAUCAGAAACUAGAUUAACAACAGAGCAUGUGGAUACAACAGCAGCUACCAACGCGACUAGUUCUCCAAAAGCUCACACUAUAGUUGCUGCCUCCACCUCCACGAGUAACGCAUCGUCGUCGUCCUCACCAGCCGCAUCAACCACCACUACAAAUAGUAAUGGUUCUGUAACAUCCUCAAUAGCUGCCGCCAUGGCGAGACAUAACGCCUUCAUACUACCCUCGCGCACAAUGCCUAUGAGUGGCUCACUUGCCGCCACCACAUUGCAGCACACAAGUUCGCCGCAUGCUUUACAGCUACCCCACAUCAACUUGAAUAUAAAUACGACGACCGGUGGUAACUUUGGUGUGACGGUGGACCCACAAAUCUCAGUGGAAAACUUAAAAAAAAUAAUUUCUAAGAAACUUAAAGUGGCCAAGGAUCGCAUUUGCUUGUUGCAUCGUGAAAAAGAACUACAAGAUGGCACAUUAAAAGAUAAUAAUCUUAUGGAUGGCUCCAGAAUUAUAUUGAUACCAAAUGUAGAGACCGGCUUACUG